AUGAAGCUGUCCCUGGUAUUCCUUUCCCUAGGCGUCGCGGCCGCUCCCCCGCCAAAGUCCUACUUGACCUGGCUGGCAGACACCUUCAUCGACAAAGGAGUUAAGUCUGACUUCGGCUACCAACCCGCCACGCUAUACAUGGGAUUUGAAAAAGCCCAUGAAAUUUCCAAAGACGCCAAGUACCUGAAUUGGCUGAGAAGCCAAAUCGACGGGCAUGUAGUACUAGAUGACGGCACCAUCAAGGGCUGGAAGUAUGACGUCUACUCACUAGACGAGUACCGCAUGGGCAAUAUCUAUCUCUACUUGUAUAAUCAGACCGGCGAAGAAAAGUACAAGUCAGCUGCCAGGAUUGUACGCAACCAGAUCAACUCUCAUCCGCGAACACCAUCCGGUGGAUUCUGGCAUCGCAAACCAAUAUUUGCAAAUCAAAUGUGGCUCGAUGGCAUCUUCAUGGCAGACUCCUUCUACGCCCGCUGGACACACCUCUUUGACAAGGACAACACCACCGCCUGGGACGACAUCUUCCUGCAGUACAACCUCAUCGACACGCACACCCGCAAUCUCACAUCCGGCCUUCUCGUCCACGGCUGGGCUGAAAUUACAGACAAAGCACCCUGGGCGGAUCCCGUCACCGGCCGCGCUCCUCACGUCUGGGGCAGAGCAGUAGGUUGGUACUUCAUGUCCCUAGUCGAGGUGCUACAGGUGUUCCCUCAAUCUCAUCCCGGCUACGCCAAACUCAUGAAGUUCUACACAACUCUCGCCACUGCGCUUAAGAGGGCGCAGGAGCCAGCAUCCCAGGGGUGGUGGCAGGUCAUGGAUGCUCCGUAUCCGGGCAGGAAGGGAAACUACAUUGAGAGUAGUGGUUCCGCCAUGUUCACGUUUGGACUGCUCAAGGGGGUGAAGUUGGGGUACUUGAAGAGGCCUGAAUUUUUGCAAACUGCCAAGAAUGCGUAUACGGGUUUGGUGAAGAAAUUUGUUCGACCGCAGGACAAUGGGACGCUGUUGUUUACGGGGACGGUAGCGGAGUGUGGAUUGUCCACUGCGAAUGCGACGUUUGAGUAUUAUAUCAGCGUCAAGACGACUGCAAACGAUUACAAGGGCUCUGGGCCCUUUAUGAUUGCUUCGUAUGAGUGGGAGACGUGGGCGAGCAAGGCAUGA